AUGCCUGGCCAGGACCAGCCUCCAGGGCCUGCAGAGGCGGGGCUCGUGGCCCGCGUCGGGCGCUCCUUUUGCGGGACGGGACCUGCCUUCCUGGCCGCGUGCGUGCUGGCCAUUCUCGUGCUGGGCGCCCCACAGCUGCUGGCGAAGGGCGCUGGGCCGGCGCAGCAUCUGCACGUGCACGUGCACGUGGCGCCCUGCCGCUCAGAGCGGCCUUCUCGCCGAGGAGUGCAGGCGCAGGACGAGCCUCCCACUCCGCCGCCGCCAUCUCUGACACUGUCUUCUGGCCAGCUGCAGCUGAUGCUGCAUCCCGUCUGCGCCGAGUCUGAGCAAGCGGCUGCGGGCAACAGUGUCGGCGGGAAGGCCAUCCAGGCAGAGCCAGCCGGCUUGGCACAAGAUGCGCGCCAACUGCCCCCCUUCGUCGGCAACACCUGCCCGCCGAAUGCUGCCUGCGACGACGGCAACCUGGGCCUGGACGUCCCUCCCGCACCUGCGACCCUGCCCAGCAGCAGCCCUGUGGAUGAGGUGGACAGCGCGCCUGGCCUGGCGACGGUCAUUGUGGUCCUGCCAUUCACCCUGGAGCGUGAUGUCCGCCCUGUGGUGUUCAGGACGCUGCCGUUUCUGGUUGCGCUGCUGGUUCUGAUUCUGCUUCUGAUCAGGGCAGUCAUCAUUGCGCUGAGCCCGGUUGGGCCGGCACACCCCACCGUCCCCGGCGACGACGUGGUGCCUGCAGGCCAUUUGCGCACCUGCUUUGACGGCGGCCUGGGAGUUCACCUGGAGGUGCACUACGUGCGCUUGCUCCAGGAAGAACAGUAA